AUGUUCAAUUCAUCAUUACCGGAAUUAGAUCAAAGUCAUUAUUACGGAAAAGCAAAGCGGGACUUUUAUGUGGAAAGUUUGGAAGGUCCGAUUCCAUCCAAAGCUCGUUCUUCUGCAUACGAAUUGCAAAAUGCCUGCCCACUAAAAAGCAAAAAGGAUGAUUAUUCCGAGCAUUAUUUAUUUCCGAAUAUAAAGCAUAAGGUCAGUUCUGAGCCUAUGACGACUAUAAAGUCAAAUGAAGAAUUACUUGUCGAAGAUGGAAACAAUGACUCCUUGUAUCCAGAUGGAGGCUUGAGAGCUUACUCGGUGGUUUUAGGAAGCUUUUUGUGCUGUUUUACUUUAUUUGGUCUAAUGAACAGUAUCGGUGCUAUUGAAUCUUAUGUGGUUUCAAAUCAGUUGAAAAAUGUUUCUGUUUCUACUGUUUCCUGGAUAUUUUCCUUAUAUAUGUUUGUGUCUCUUUUCCUUGGAUUAUUCGUGGGCCCCUUAUAUGAUAGUUUUGGUUCCAUGUGGUUAUUGCUUAUAGGGAGUAUCUUCGUGUUUGUGGGACUUAUCACCUGCGGGAUUUCCACUACCGUGGUUCAAUUCAUUUUCAGUUUCGGAAUCUGCACUGGUAUGGGAACUGGCUUGAUGAUGUUUUCGGCUGUAUCCACAAUUUCAAGUUGGUUCAGCAAAAAGAAGCGAUCUUUUGCCAUUGGUGCUGCUCAAUCUGGGGGCUCAGUUGGAGGUGUGGUUUUUCCCAUAAUGCUUAGGUACUUGUAUCAAAAAUAUGGAUUUAACUGGGCCAUGCGUAUAAUGGCAUUCUUCAAUUUGGGAGUUGAUAUCCUAGGUGCCGUUCUAGCUAGAGAUAGACUCAAAGAAAUUCGAGAGAAGACUGGUGAAAUUGAUAAGAGAACCGUCCCACAGAAACUAAUGGAUUCUGUGGAUUUAAAUGCUUUCAAAGAGAAGAAAUUUACAGCUUUAUCAUGUGCUCUUUUUAUGAACGAAUUUUCCUUAUUGAUCGUUCUCACCUAUAUUUCUUCUUACGCUAUGGUUCAUGGAAUUUCGCAAGCCGAAAGUUUCAAUAUGUUGACCAUCUUGAACGCAGCUGGUAUCCUUGGAAAAUUCAUUCCCUCCUAUUUUGCAGAUAAGUAUGGGACAUUCAAUUUGAUGAUUUUGAUGUCAUCACUAUUAACCUUCUCGUUGUUUGUUGUUUGGUAUCCAUUCGGAAAAUACAGGGCUGGAAUUUACGUUUUCAUAUGUCUUUUUGGUUUUGGAUGUGCCUCUGUUUAUACUUUAACUGGGGCUACCGUGAGUACCAUCACCAAAAAAACAAAGGAUUUUGGCAAACGGUACGGUGCUGCUUAUGCCUUUAUUUCCUUUGGAAACUUGAUAUCAUUGCCUAUAUCUGGUGCUUUCAUUAAAAAGCAGGAUGCCACAGACUACGAUAAAAUGGUUUUAUUUGCUGCCGCCACUUGUUGUUCUGCAACUGUUCUUUUCAUAAUUGCAAGGUAUACAGUUGUGGGGAGAUGCAUGAAGGUUUUUAUCUAG